AUGACCUCUCGCCGCCUUUCCAGCGUAUCUUGCUCGCCCUCCCGUUCCGAUCGUCAUCGCGCCGUCCGUCCUGACGCCGUCCUGACGCCGUCCCGACGACCGUCGCGUCGCGAUCCAGUCGUCCGUACCGUCCCCUCGAUAUCUCUCCGUGCUUCCCGUCGCCUCGCAGUCUCUCCCUUCCCAUCCCGUCGCCUCGCAACCUCUCCCUUCCCAUCCCGUCGCCUUGCUCUCUCUCCCUUCCCAUCCCGUCGCCUCGCAAUCUCUCCCUUCCCAUCCCGUCGCUUCGCUCUCGCUCCCUUCCCAUCCCGUCGCCUUGCAAUCUCUCCCUUCCCAUCCCGUCGCCUCGCUCUCUCUCCCUUCCCAUCCCGUCGCCUCGCUAUCUCCCCCUUCCCAUCCCGUCGCCUCGCUCUCUCUCCUUUCCCAUCCCGUCGCCUCGCAAUCUCUCCCUUCCCAUCCCGUCGCCUCGCUCUCUCUCCCUUCCCAUCCCGUCGCCUCGCAAUCUCUCCCUUCCCAUCCCGUCGCCUCGCUCUCUCUCCCUUCCCAUCCCGUCGCCUCGUUAUCUCCCCCUUCCCAUCCCGUCGCCUCGCUCUCUCUCCCUUCCCAUCCCGUCGCCUCGCAAUCUCUCCCUUCCCAUCCCGUCGCCUCGCUCUCUCUCCCUUCCCAUCCCGUCGCCUCGUUACCUCUCCCUCCCAUUCCGUCGCCUCGCUAUCUCUCCCUCCCAUUCCGUCCCCUCGCUAUCUUUCCCUCCCAUCCGUCACCUCGCUAUCUCUCCCUCCCAUUCCGUCGCCUUCGCUAUCUCUCCCUCCCAUUCCGUCGCCUUGCUAUCUCUCCCUCCCAUCCGUCGCCUCGCUAUCUCUCCCUCCCGUUCCCGACGACACGCUAUCUACCCCCUCCCUUCCCGUCGCUCUCCCCAACCCCGCUCCCUUCCCGUCGCCCUCUCACUCUCCGCUCCCUUCCCGUCGCCCUUUGUCUCUCCGCUCCCUUCCUGUCGCCCUCGAUGCAGUUGUCGCCCUUCUUCACACACCCCCCAUCACCCACCCCAUCGUCUUCCCACUCGCCACAAAAUGCCUUCCCGUCCCUCAUCGCUCUUGCUCUGCAAUGCCUCUCUGCACCCUUCCUGUCAAAUGUUGUAGCCUAUAG